AUGAUUCCAAAUAAAGUACGUGAAAGCCGGAGAGUGAAAUCCUUAAAACUCCCAAAAAGCCUGGAACGCUUGUAUAAAGAAGGAAAAUGUCGCGAGUGUUCAGUUGUUGUUACUCGCAUGGAUUUUGCCAAGAUACUAGGCAAAUUUACCAAGGUGAAAAUACAGUACGAAAGCAGUACAACUCCUAAAACGAAACAAAAUGUUGACUCGACUUUGCCAAAUACGAACGCCAAAUUAAGAAACACUGAGAAUGGUAUGGUCCUUGUCCAUAGAAAAGCCUGUAGUCAACCAGAUAAAGAGGUGUUGAAUAGUAAAAAGACGAAAAAUAACAAACUUGCGUCUCCAGUCGCAACAAAUAUAUUAAAAGAAAACAACAGGUUAAAAAAACCUGUACUGAAAGACAAAAAUUCCAAUUAUGAAGAGAAGAAACAAAAAAACGGCAGUAACUUGAAACAAUACAACAUUGUAUUUGAAGAUCCCUUGUGUAACAACAAUAAUAAUGAAAUUAAUUUUAAAAUUUCAUUAAUUGAUUUAUUACCAGAUAUUGAUGAUAAUAUACUUCCUUCCGAAGAAUGGUGCAUAGAUUCCUUUCCCAAAAAAGAUGAACCAAAAGAUGAUCAGGUGUAUGAUAGGAUAGCCGCAGAACUAGAAGAUCUCAUGUACAAUGAAAAACCGAUAGCAAAAUCUGAGGAAAAACAAGAUGUCACGGAAAGCAAAGUGGAUGACUUCCCAUCAAUAAUGGACAUCCUGAAUGACAAUAGUAGUGAGAGUAAAUCAACUGACCAAAGUAAUACCCUUGAAUUUAAAUCUAAUUUAGAAUCUAGUGAUGUGGAAGCAAUGCUCCUUGGUAAAACAAAUGCUACAUGUGAGACUGCUCCAACACCAAUGGAUGUUGACAACACUAGUAUGGGUAAUUUGAUUGAAGAUGUUAACCAACUCAGCACAAUUCAAGAAACAUUAACUACUAAUAAUGACACUUCUAAUAACAGUGAGAGCACCUUACAUAACUCGGUGAUGCCAGAAGAGAUUGACAACCCGCAUAGUCCUUCCAUUCUUGAUGAAGCAUUGCAAAAAGGUAUUGAAGAACAUUUACCAAUUAAACAAGAUGAGCCAGUACCAGAAAAUGAAGAAACAGAAGAUAAAACAGCUGUUGAAAUAAGAGAAAAUAUAAAUUCUAUUUCAGCUACUGAUAUAGAAAUGAAGGAAACUGAAUCUAAGGUAACAGAUGUCUGUACUGAGGACAAAAAUCAGUGUAAUGAUAAAGUUAAAAGUAAGGAAACAAACUUUUUAUCUAUGAAGGAGGAAAUCACACAUAUUGUGUUUAAAAAAACUAAAGAGGGUGCAUGUUCAAAGUCUGUAACAUGUCCAAAAAAUUUAAAAUACUGUAUUGAAAUUUCAGAAAAAUCGGUUGAAUUCUUAGGUGCACCAAAAUAUAUCACAAGUUUAGAAGACUUAAAAGUGCUUUUGCAAAUAGUAAAUGAGAGUGAGUUAGAUAGUCCCUAUGUAUUGCAUUGA